AUGAAUUCUACUGCUCUUUCGAUCGCGUCGGACGAAGGAGAUGUUUCGUGGUCGGAUAAUCAUAGCUACUCGUCCGACGACAAUAUGCAAGACGACUUGCUCAUCCCGCACUCACCCGCUUCCCAAACGACGCCCGCUUGGAUGAACUCGGCCGCGAUCUCUCAUUCCGAUAAUUGUCAGCUGUCCCCCGUCAGCGCCGCCAUAGACAUCUCGACUAUGAACCCGUCUUGCGCCCCGACCAUGGUACACUCCGCGUCCUCAUCUUGCACCGAUUCCUGGAGCAACAGCCACGCUGAGGUCUUUGACGGGGACGACGCUGACAACGACCUUGUGUGGGAGCAGGACUCGGACGACAUCCUCACCGCACCCAAACUUGAACCCUUGGACGAUGAUUUCAACCUCGACGAUGUGACUGAGGCCCCCUCGGCGACAACGCAGGCCCCUUUCGUCGCGGCUGCGAACCAGCCGAAACAGAAACGCCCUCGCGGUCGACCUCGUAAACAUCCUGUGGCGCCUAUCAUCAACCCGAGCAAGGUCACCAAGGGUCGGUCCAAAACAGGCUGUAUUACCUGCCGAAGGCGAAAGAAGAAGUGCGACGAGGCCAAACCGAGAUGCAUGAAUUGCGAGAAGAACGCUGUUGUUUGCGAAGGAUAUCAUGAGAAGAAACUCUGGAGAAGCGGCAAAGAAAAGGCUACAACAGAUCAUCUCGGGGACGAGGAAUCACUCGUCUUUACCAUGCAGCCUCUCUUCAAUGGUGUCGACACGGUCGAAGACAAGAUCUUUUGGCGACAUUACGGAGUCCAUCUCAGUAACGUCCUCACCGUCGAAGGAGAGGCCAAGAAUGCAUUCAAGGACGUUAUACUCCCCUUGGCAAACCUUCAUCAGGGCGUGAUGCACUCUAUUCUCGCCAUGAGCAGUAAACACAUCGACUUUGAGACGCCGUACGGCGCUAAGCUCUUGGAGAAAAACCCAACGACCAACCGUGAAGCACUGCAGGCAAGGUCGGCAUAUCACGAGGAGCAGGCAAUGAAAACGUUGUACGCCGACAUGAAUCGCACCGGUGACGACAACGAUGACGGGACCGACCGACAGACGAUCCUUUCCGCGCGCUACGCGCAAAUCCUGUGCCUUGUCGUCACCACCUUGAUCGAGGGUGAACCGCACGGCGCCCAUCGGGUUCACCUUGGUGGUUACAAACGACUUAUUCAGGAGAGCCCCCCCGAGGAUCCCGUUUUCUUAGCCUUUAUCACGGAAUUUUUCCAAUAUCAUAUUUACGCAGACGAACUCCUGUGGCAUCCAACCCGCAACUGCCCACGCCUGGCUUCGGAAGGCUGGAGUUCUCUAGUCCCCCUUGACUCGCCACGUCUUCUAGGCGUUGCCGAUGGACUAUUCCAUCACCUGUGCCACAUAACCACAAUACGAAACACCAUCAGGGAAAACAUCUACAGAGGUGCCGAUACUGUGGUAACCUAUCACAUUCUUUACCAGGCGCAGGAAAUUCAGGAGGCCAUCGAGCAAUGGAUGCCCACUUGGCCGACGGGUGACAGCCGACACCGGGUCGGCUUGGUCUACAAACACAUGAUGUUCCUGCAUCUGUUCCGCACCAUUUACCCCCCCACGUCUCCCCAGAGACGGCACUCGGUGUUGUCCGUGGCGACCUCUGUCGCCACGUCGGUUUCUUCAUUUUCCUCCCGGCGCCACUCACAAAUAUCCCGGCCUUCGACCGCUACGAGUUGCGCCUCAUCCCCUAGCCUACGGCCUACGACGGCCGCCGGGUUCCCCUCGUCGAUGCAACCGAAGCGCGAGCCGAGCUCUCGGGGUCCGUCGAGGACAAGCUCGAUGCACGAAUCCGAUGCCGGCUCCUCCAGCUGCGCCAUCAUCGACGAACAGCGACCUGCCUCUCCGCCGCCAAUUCGACGUCCUCCUCAGCACGAUAACCGCAUCACCUCUGCGGUCGAUGAGUCUCUGGCCAUCAUGGAGGGUUUCAAGCCAUCAGACCCUGCGUUGACUCUUUUAUUGAUGCCAAGUCUUGUCAUUGGUACGACAUGUUUUGAGCCUGCUCAACAAGAGCGGAUCCGUGCCAUCGUCCGGUCGGUCCGCGGCUAUACCGGUCUUCGCAACUGCGACCGGGUCCUCGAGGUUCUCGAAGAAAUCUGGCACUUGAUGGAGUUUGGCGACUGGGUCUCCGUCUGGGACUGGCAAGGCGUGGCUAGAAGACUCGGGCUUGACUUUCUGUGCACCUGA